AAAUCCUAUUUAAGUUAGAACCGUGUUUAACAAUGUCGUAUGUAACUUUAGAGACGGUCCCUUAAUUUCCACAUAUCUCGGAAUACUGAACAACGAACGUCCAAACAACUUUAUUCCAGUACUCCUCAGGCCCGUUAUAUAAACAGUGUCGGCAGCAAUACAGCCUCAGAACCCGGAUGAGACGUCAGCAUCUGAUUUGUCCAGAGCUCCACAGAAACGGACUACAAAUAGCGCGUUUAGUCGUAACCUCUAUUAAUUUUCGGGGGGGAAAAGAAUGCGUUUAAAAGAUGUGUUUACGGCAUCGUGUUUAAUUUUUAAUCCACGAGCGAACAGAAUCUGAGUUAGAGGUUUAACAGAGCGGUUUAAUUGAGCUGUUGCGCUACCGGAAGUGUUUGACUGUUUACUCUCCUUUUUGUCCAAGCGGUGUAUCCGUAGGAGCGAGUGCGCGAGCCUGGUAGGAUCUGCUGGUUUAUAAUGUUCCGUUAAUGUGUCAUACUAUAAAUUGUUUUGUACACCGUUGACGUUGAAAUCAAAUCGUGUGUUUUAAUACUGUUUCUGUUUUAACGUGAACAUUCUGAAUUAUUCACACUCCUUCAUACUGAAGGGAUGACCUUUAAUUUAAUAAUGUAUCCUAUAGAUUUAACACACAGCUGGAAUGAUCUGAAUUAAAUGUCCUAGUCGUUGUGAGAGAUCUUUUCCGGUGGAUUAUAGUCUGAUUUUGCUAUCAAAUAUAUAACUGCAACUGAAUAACUGAUCAAAGAGAAGAAUAAUAAAAAUAGUAAUAAUAGCCACGCCCAUUUUACAUGGCUACAGUCUGUGUAGCUGGGUUGUUGUUGUUUUUUUUCCACUUAAAUAUGAAUAUCUCUGUAAUGAUCCUCUUACAUGAUUUAAAAUGUUUCCAUAGGUUUCCUACAAAUAUUAGUUUCUUAUGUAAUAAACCUGCAGUUUGACCUACAGUAUAUAUCGGAGUCAUCUUCUGAUUAUUAUGACAUUAUUAUCAGUGCAGUGAGUCAGAAUAAACAUGUGAUAUGACAGCAUUGAUCUUUAUCAGAUACAGACGGUGGUGCAAACAGUGAAGUCAUUUCAAGGGGAUUUUACACCAGAAUGACAGGAUCUAUGGGACAGACAGGAAGGAGGAUGGACACACAGCCUGAGCCGUAUACACCGGUGCGGUGGCACUGGUUCUAUAAGCAGAUGGCGGACGGCAGAGACUCAUGGAAACCGUUCAGUACCGAAGACUCACAGACACUGGAGGAUGCUCACACACACGGUGGUGAUGAUGAGGUAGUGGUGGCCACAGAGGGCAGACGUUACGAUGUGAGAUUAAAGGAGCGACGUCGGUAUGCUGUUUAUUGGGAUCAGGCUCCCUCUGAAGUGCGCAGAUGUUCCUGGUUUCACAAAGGCAGCAAAGAGGUGUACUUCACUCCCUACACCGAGGAGAUCAGUGACCUGCUGGAGGAGGCCUACAUGAUCUCUGUGUCCCUCAACGAGUGGAAAAGAAAUUUCGAGCUGCCAACAGGGGAAACGGUCAUCCUUCACAACCCGAAGCUGAUAAUAGAGCACCAGUACGUUUCCUUGGAACGUCCUCCGUCUCCGAGUGAAAGAACACAAACCAGAACACUAAAGAGAGGCGUGGAGAAUAUUUCUGUGGAAAUCCCUCAGGGAGAACCGGACGCUGUGGAUCACCUGGUGUUCAUGGUUCAUGGCAUUGGGCCGGCGUGUGAUCUACGUUUAAGAGGAAUUGUGCAGUGCGUAAAUGAGUUUCGCAGCGCUGCUCUCGCUCUCACCAAAAGUCAUUUCAGCACCGGUGAUGAAGAAAAAGCUGUGGGUCGAGUGGAGUUUCUGCCUGUUAACUGGCACAGAGUUCUACAUGGAGAAACCACAGGGGUCGACAGAGAUAUGGAGCGGAUCACUUUGCCUAGCAUCAGCGGCCUGCGCCAGUUCGCCAAUGACACAGUGUUGGACCUGUUCUUCUACAACAGUGCCACCUACUGUCAGACCAUUGUAGACACAGUAGCCUCCGAGAUCAACUACCUAUACAACGUCUUUCUCCAAAGAAACCCACAGUUCACUGGAGCCGUGUCAGUGGCAGGACACAGCCUGGGUUCAUUAAUCCUCUUUGACCUCCUGACCAAUCAGAAGACCGGAGCAGAAAGCACCAAUGCAGAACAGAAUGGACAGUAUGAUGAAGACCUGGGCUCUUCCUCUGUGUCAGACUGCACUUCCUGUGAGAGUCUAGAAGAGGCACUAAUGAGCAUCGGCAUGGAGGAACAUCUCAGAAUCCUACAGAGGGAACAAUUGGACAUGGAGUCUCUGAUGCUGUGCUCCGAGAGCGACCUGAGAGAUCUAGGAAUCCCGCUUGGCCCUUGCAAGAAGAUUCUGAACUAUGUGAAGAAAUGGAAGCACAGAUCUGUGUCCCACACCGGAAACCAUCCCUCUCAUACGGAAGAGAGAAAUUCUCCUGAAAUUCAGAGUCUCAUUCGAGAGAGUCGGCCGAAGACCAGCGCCAUUGACUACCAGCACUUUGAUGUGGGGAUCGGACAGGUAUCUAUUAAUUACCCACAGCUCAGCUUCCACCCCCGGGCCUUCUUUGCCUUCGGCUCUCCUAUUGGAAUGUUCCUGACCGUCCGAGGCCUGAAGAGGAUUGACCCCAACUACAGCUUCCCCACCUGCAGCAGCUUCUACAACAUCUUCCAUCCUUUUGAUCCGGUGGCGUACAGGAUCGAGCCCAUGAUUUUGCCUCCAGAUGUGGAGGUAGCACCCAUGCUGAUGCCCCAUCACAAGGGCAGGAAGAGGAUGCACCUGGAGCUGAAGGAAGGUCUGACACGCGUCGGUUCAGACCUGCUGGGGUCUUUACGGACAGUCUGGCAGAGUUUCUCCCAACUUCCUGCUCCGGCGCUGGCUGGGGGAAAUGACACGUCUACAGCAGUGUGCACAGUCGAGGAAAUGGAAACCUCACCACUGGAACAGGAGGAGAAAAAAAUGAUCCAGGUGGGGAAGCUGAACGGUGGCCGGCGUAUCGAUUAUGUUCUUCAAGAGAAACCGAUCGAAAGCUUUAACGAAUAUCUGUUCGCCAUUCAGAGUCACCUGUGCUACUGGGAGUCGGAGGACACAGCUCUGCUGGUUCUCAAGGAGGUCUACAAGAAUGGUGAUUGCAAAUCUCCUCAGCAGUAGAGAACCCAUCCCAUGGGGUUGUCUGUGAUAAUACUGUUAUGUGUGAUGAUAACUUUUUACAAAACUAAGCAACGUUUAUUCUCCAUGUUCAAGUUUACAUAUGUAACCUUUUAAAGGUGCAGUUUGUAAUUACACAGGCCUAUAAUAAUUACUGAAUUUCACACAUGCCUGUGAUUUGUAAUAUUGCCAUACACUGGCUAGUUUCUUCAUUAGAUAGAUAGAUGAUGAUGUACUUUAUUACAGGCUUUUUUUUGGCCCAGAAUUGGCUCCGCCCCCAGUCGUUACAUAGCUGCUCAACCUUGCCUUUUUAAUUUUUUAAAAAAAGGCAACCCACAAGGCAUAUGUAGUUUGAAGACGUUUGUGUGUAUUAAACCAGAGUUAGCCUAGCAAGCAGCAGAGGGCAGAAAAAAAAUUACAAACUGCUCCUUUAAACUAGCAAUACACAACUUUCAAUUCUCAAGGACCAGGUGCUAUAGGGUUUCCACCCUACCUGUAUGAGAGUCAGAUGACAAUAAGCGCACAAAUUAUUUAAUUAAGUAGCAGUGAUUUAGAAACAUACAGGACUGCAUUUCAACAUAAAGGCCAAGUUUGAUUACUUGUGGUUACCUCAGAUUUGUGCCAUGUUCACAGCGAGGCCAGUAAUCUGCUGAUAGGAGGAGAGGAGUGCGAAAUGGGGACGAAGUGGAUUUGAGAUGCCUUCAGUACGUAGAACUGGUCAUUUCUUGUUUUCGACAUUCAACACCUCACGCUUGCUAAUCAAGUGAAAACACUGUUGCUAGGCAACUGGAAAUCAUGGAUUGGGAGCAUAAGCUAGCUAAUGGCUAGCUAGCUAAACAAAAAGAAAGAAAGAAAGAAAAGGCACUUAGCACUGACCACUUAUCAAAUUUCAAUUGACUCCUCUGUACUAAGACAUGUUUUUGUAAUAAUAUAAUAUUGUAAUAACUGUAACAGCUAACUGCAUAAAAAUAUUUGUAUUAUUUCUAGAUUUAAAAAAAAAAUUCUGUAAAAGUUUAAACCAACUGGCUAAUACAGAAAGCAAAAGCUCAUUUGUAAUGUGACUUGACAUGACUUGAUGGCAUGCUAGCAUUACACUCACUAGCUUGCAGAGUGUAUCCUUAGCUAGCUGGUUAAGAAUGAAACAAUUCUUUGUGCUAAAUAUUUCCAUACUGAAAGAUUUUUGUAAUGGCCCUGUUCUAAAUCUGUUUAUGUUAAGAAAAUGUCUAAAUGCUAAAUAUUAGGAUCGUGUCAUCUUUUUUUUCUUUUCUUUUCUUCUUCAAACUAUUGUAGUUAGCUGUAUGACUAACUGUUAGCUGUAUGGCUAGUUUUAAGUCUUGAGGCAUCUCAGAAUCUCACCUUGUUUCAGAAUCCUCUACAACAUGAGAACAGAUUUGCCAGUAAAACAAUAUAUUCAGUGAACCUAGCCUGUGGCUCCAUUCCAAACACUAUAAUUAACAUUUAUAACCUUAUUUUUCGGUCAUGUGUAACACUCUCUGAGCCAGUUUCAAGCACUAGAUCUAAAGUAUAGCAUUAAGUUUCACAGACAGUUUAUACCAUAAUCAGUAUUGCAGUCUCAGGUUUGGAGACUGUGGCUACUACCAAAAGCAUGCUGACUGAAUAGUACACCACUGUAGGAAUGGUUUAUUUAGCACACAGUGGUUCUCCUGGGACUUUGUGCACUGCCUGUUUUAGUGUUUUCCUUGCUUUAACAUACUUUUUAUUACUUCAUUAAGGCCUUAACUGUUGUUUGAAGUGACUCUGGUGUACAGUAUGUCUAUACUUGUUUAAUGUUCGCUAAGUUGAACACUUUCCAUUCACUUUAAUAGGAACACUCGUACACCUCAAACACCUAUGCUAAUUCAAAUAAUCACUCUUUAAAGCCAUGAGCAGAAAAGCAUCUCAGCAUGCACAAAACAUCAAACCUUGAAGUGGAUGGGCUACAGCAUCAGAAGAGCACACUGGGUUCCUAUCCUUUCGGACAAGAACAGGCACAGACUAACCAAAUCUGGACAGUUAAAGGUUAUAAUGUGUACUUUGAUGUGAACAUUAACUGAAGCUCCUGUAUCUGGACACCAAUUUAUUUAUGCAUUGCGCUGCUGCCACAUGAUUGGCUGACUAGAUAACUGCAUGAAUAUUCACGUGUACAGUUGUUCCUAAUAAAGUGGACAGUGAGUGCACAUCGAUAGAUUUUAUUUCACAUGAAUGUACUUAAAACCUUCUCCAUUUACCUCGACAGAAAGUAAGGACGCUGUGUCAGCGUGUCUUUAAAGAAGAAAAAUCGAGUUGACACGAGAUUAAUUCGUGAGGUGGUGGAAGGGGGCAGGGCUUCCAGGGAGUCAGUCAAUAUCAGAGAGUUCAAAAUUGCUAAUCAUUUAGGAUUCAAUAAUUCAGUUACAAAUUACCAACCACUAUGUGGUCAUUGUGCAACAACUUUUCAUUACAUUUAUAUAUGUUAGCCCACUUAGGUAUCCAUCUUGCCAUCAUUUUUUUUUUUUUUUUUGUGCCAAUUUUUGCAGAAGUAGAGUUAAUUGUAAAGGUUUACACUGCAAUUAUAUAGGUAACUAUUCAAGGAAUAUGAUUCUCCACUGAGUAUUUAGACACCACUAGAAAUUAGAUGUACUUCAAAUAAUGCACUAUAUGGUAAGCAGGAAACAAAUUCAGGCACAUAAAAGGUAUUUUGUGCUGUAACACAUCUGAUUCAGUUCAUGCCUUCAUUAUGUAAAACGUGUUCAUUAGAGAGCAGCAGAAGUGAAACCGGAUGAGCAAUUUCAUUGAAAUAUUCUAACUUAUUUCAUAUUUAACCAGUGUUUUAAAACUUUUCCAUUUCAUCAAAGGAUUGCAGUUGACAUAUUAAUGUUUUGUAAUAAAUAUAAUACAUAUUUUAAUGUCUCAAUGUAUUAUAAUAAAUACUUUAUACACCUACAGUUUCUCCAAUACUUCCUGUCAGUAUGCUACACAUGUAUAGACUGUUUUUGCUAGUGUUGUAGUACUUGAGACUGGUCUUUGUAUUGAGACUGGUCUUGAGAGCACAAAUCGAUGGUCUCGGUUUUUUCAUAAACUCAGGUGAAAUUUUGGUCAGUCUUAUCUUGGUCUCAGCCUAUGAAGACUCAGAUAUUUUUUCAGUGCCACCCAAGACCAUAACGUCAUUUCCAUGAACAAGUACUUUGUAAUGUUCCCAUUACAGUACAAAAUGUAAAUGUCUGUCUCUGCAUGUGGACUUCUUUAGUGCCUAUAAAUGUCAAGUGCCUAUGACUAUGUGGGCAGUGGUAGCCCAUUGAUUAAGAUGUUGGACUAUUGAGCGGAAGGUUGUAAAUUCAAAUCCCAGCACUACCAAUCUUCCACUGCUGGGCCCUUGAGCAAGGCCCUUAACCCUCAAAUGCUCAAUUAGAUACAUGCAGUUCGCUCUGGAUAAGGAUUUCUGCUAAAAUGCCAUAAAUGUAAAUAUUUCAGUAUACUUCAUCUUCUUACGUUCAAAAUAAUAUAGCACAAGUAGUUGUAACGCACAGCUGGAUUUGGUUUCAGAAAGUUUUAUAAGCCUGAGCAAAUUCAAGUUUUUAAUGCAUUUUAUUUACCUGCUGUGUGAAGAUACAACAACCAGCAAAGGAACACAUCUGAGCAUCUGGUCUCGGUCUUGACAUGGAGUCGGCCAUGUGUG